CUGUCAUAAAGUGCCUCUGGGAAGGGGGAAAGGCCGAGUAGAUUUGGGAGUUUCUGCGUGUGGCUGGAAACGCGAUGGAGUCUUGGAGAGCUGUAGGAGGAGGCGCUCGCCAGGCCAGCAAGAGGCCUGGAUCCAGUAGGAUCCCAUGCAGGAACUUCGCUCGUGGAGCAUGUAGAUGGGGUCAGAACUGUCGAUUUUCCCAUGAUAGGAAAUCUACCCAGAUCUGCAGGUAUUUCCAGAAUGGAUUCUGUUGCUAUGGAGACUGUUGCAGCUACCAGCAUAUCUCAGAAGCUCCAGCCUUCAGCACGUGUGGUACAGAGUCUGCCUACCAUGGACUGGAAGAAACUGGAUUGUUGAGAAACCAUCAAAGGUCGGAGCCAGCCAUCUUGCCAGAGGCUUCAGUCAGGAGCCGGAGAGGGUCUUGGCAUGAGUCUGAGCCAACAGUCUUGGGCAUGGGGCAGCUGCAAAGAAACUUUGAAAGCAUGAGCAUGUCAUUUGAUGAGGAAGAUGAAGACAAGGAAAAAGCCUUUAUCCCUAAGCGUCCACCAAACUGGGCUCUCAGCAAAGAAUUUGUCCCUAGGGAGACCAGUGCAGUUUCUAGCUCCCAAGAACUGAAAAUUGGUACCACAUCCCUGAAGUCAGAAAAUGAAUCCGCCAAGGAGACUGCUUCUGCUUCUCUCCCCUCAGAAGAGUCAAAGGCAGCUGGUAGUUCAGAAGCAGCAACAGAAGCUGCAGUGGAACAGAGCAAGGAUGUGGUAUGUGGUAUCUGCAUGGACAAAAUAUCUCAGAAAAUCUUACCCGAGGAACGUCUGUUUGGCAUUCUUCCCAACUGUACCCAUGCUUAUUGUGUGGGCUGCAUCAGGAAGUGGCGGAAAAGCCGAGACUUUCACAGUGCAGUGAUAAAAGGUUGCCCAGAGUGCAGAGUCACGUCAACUUACUUUAUUCCCAAUAAAUACUGGGUUUCUGAUACAGAAGAGAAGGAAAAACUGAUUGAGAAGUUCAAGGCACGGACUAGCAAAAUACGAUGCAAAUUCUUUGUCCGAAGCAAUGGUCACUGUCCGUUUAAAUCAGAAUGCAUCUACCUGCAUGAACUUCCUGGUGGGCAGCUUCCUGCUGCAAGGCUGCGACAGAGGCCUAACCGUCGGAAUCGGCCACACUUUGUCUACAAUCCAUCUCCAUCUGAGAGCUCUGAUGAUGAUGAUGAUGAGGAUGACGAUGUGGAUUUGUGCCUUAUUCAGUGGGCUCUUACCUUUGCACUGUUGCACAAAGAUACAAACUUUGACUUUUCAGACUAUCUCUGGGAUUCAAGUGAUUCUUCUGAUUAGAUGAUGAUGUCCUCUUCAGAGGCCAUGUGUAAUUGGCUCCAGGAGCAGUGUUGAUGAAAUGUAAAGUGGUGCCUUGGAGGAUGGGUGGGGGAUGAAAGAUGUCUUUAGUAUAAUAAGCUUAAUGGCUUUUAGUUUUCUGUCGGAUGUAUUACAAUAUUUUUACUGUAACCCAUAAACUGGGAGAACACAAUGCAAGGAUUCAUUCUAUAUUGGGAAAGGCCUUCUAAUCCACCAGGCAAGAUAUUCCUAUCAUCACUGUCAGCACACGAUGUACAUCUCACCAAUUGCACUGCUGUUGCCCUAACCUAGCCUUGCCUUAAUUGUUGCAUUUUCUGCAUUCCCUCCCACCCUUAUAGCUGAUCGCAUAUUGGAUUCCCCAAUGUGUCAUAUUACAACCUUACAAGUGUUUUAUGGAAGGAUGCUGGGAUCUUCUGAUUUUGCAUGUAUUCUGAAGAAGUCAUGUUUUCUGAAGAAGUCACCUGUGGUCAUGCUGCUGCUUAUUUGUUUCCUCAGGAAAACUGGUUUGCUGAACAAUGCUAUUUACAGUAGGCAGUAUCUGCAACUCACUAUUGUAUAGCAGUGCUGCUGGAUGUCUCUAUAGUAGGCCUAAUUAUGGGGAGUGGGGGGUGGGAGGGGCAUGGGAGGAAGUAUAAAUCUUGAAAUUUUAGUAUUGGUGCAGUGAUCAAUUAGCACUGGAGGCUUAUAAUUAUAGCUUAAACCCUUAUAAAAGGGAUUAGUAAGCCCCUACGUAUUUUUUAAUUCCAGAAAUAUUGAGAUCAUGAAAUAAAAAGAUAAAUAUGCAAA